AAUAUCUGGAUCGUCAAACCCGCGGGAAAGUCUCGAGGACGAGGGAUUGAGCUCAAGAGAAGCCUCGCGGACAUUCUCUCCUUCACCACUCACUGCAAGGGAGCAAGUAGCCUUAACUCGCAGAGAUGGAUUGUGCAAAAGUACGUCGAGAACCCGCUGCUGAUCAACAACAAGAAGUUUGAUAUCCGUCAGUGGAUUCUCGUAACCGACUGGAAUCCUCUCACUGUGUGGUUCUAUGACGAGUGUUACCUUCGCUUUGCUCUCUCCGACUACAAUUCAGAGACUCUGACCGAUCGCUUCUCUCAUCUUUGUAAUAAUUGUGUGCAGAAAGAAGCCGUGUUGGUAGCUCCAACAAAGGCUGUAGACGAAUCGAUGUGGGAUCUCGACGCCUUCAAGAACUGGCUGACGUCGACGGGGCAGGAGAGUGUCUGGCAAGAAAAAAUUCUCCCCCAGCUUCAGUCCAUCUCAAUCUGGGCUGUCAUGUGCGCACAGGACCUGCUGGAGAACCGCAAGGGAAGCUCGGAGCUGUUCGGCUACGACUUCCUCAUCGAUCGAGACUUUCGUGUCUGGCUGAUCGAGAUCAACUCGAGCCCAGAUAUGUCCCCGUCUACCGCCGUCACUGAGAAGCUCUGCUACCGCUGCCUCUACGAUACCAUCCGUGUAAUGGUCGACCACAAG